GGUCACUGCAUCCAUGUGGGCCUGCUGAGUAUGAAGUAUUGGGGCAGUGCUGUCCCAUGUGUAACCCUGGAUAUCAUGUUUAUAGGCACUGCACUGAGUACACCAGCACCACAUGUGCUCCAUGCCCCCAGUCUAGCUACACAGAAGCACACAAUGGGCUGGAAUCAUGCAGGACGUGUGCAGUUUGCGACUCAAGUGCAGGUGUGAGAGUGAAGAAGAAUUGUACCAACAUCUCAGACACACUCUGUGAGCCUCUGGAGGGACACUACUGCACUGACCCAAUCAAAGAUGACUGCCAAGGAGCAGUGAAACACACAAAGUGCAAACCAGGGCAGUACAUCAAACUGCCAGGAUCAGCAUCUUCAGAUACAGUUUGCAGUGACUGCAGCAGUGACACAUACUCAGACGGGUCAUUCACUUCCUGUAUUCCACACACACAGUGUAGACCAGGCUAUGACGUGGUGAGGCCAGGGAGCUCAGCAUCUGAUACUGAAUGCCAAACAAUAUCUACAGUAUUAAAAAAGUAUAAGGCUACUAUUCUCUUCUUGCAGGUGUAGACCAGGCUAUGACGUGGUGAAGCCAGGGAGCUCAGCAUCUGAUACUGAAUGCCAAAG